AUGCUUUGCAUAGAUAAUUUGCUGAUAAAUUUCUAUAUACAGAUGCGCAUAUGCAUACCCAUGACUGAGCAACAACAUAAUCAUAGCAACAGAAACAAUGAAAGCAUAGGAUCGAAUCAUACUGAGAAUAUGGAGCACCUGAGGCAUAGGCACAAUGUUGACAGUGAUACAGAUGUCAGUGGUACAAGUGCCAUCACCGGAAACGCUGCUGAUUCCAGCAACACUCAUACAGGCAGCAUAUAUGCACUUGGCAAUACAAUAUAUAACACAAUGUGUGCCCAUACACAUACAGCACAGCAUUACACACUUAGGUACAUUCAUAAGUGCAUGCAAAGCAUACGUGAAUGCAUGCACAAUAUCCGGUAUGUAUCAGUGCCUGCGGAUGGGUCACAAAGCAUACCUCUGCACAUUCCACGCAGCAUGCUGUAUGCUGUUGCAAACAGAGCGAUACCAGAUAUUGCGCUUGCGGUGGCAGUCCACCAAGUAUGCGUGCUGUUACGCAUAGUGUCUGUGGCAAAUGCAGCGGCGGUUAUUGUGAAUGUGAUGUCUUUUGUGCUGCCUUUAGUGAAUGCAGUGUAUGUGGUAUAUGUAUCUGUUAACAGUAUGGCUCGUGUGAGAAGUAAUGAAAUAAUAACUGCCGAUGCAAGCAAUGAUACUGCAAGUGCAAAUACUCACGCAAUGAUAAUGAUCAGAAACAUACCGAUUCUACCUGUCACGCUAAUAGUUAUUACUAUUAUGUAUAUAUCAAUACAUAACAGCACACGCAAUAUUGAGCCGAUGUUGAUAGGACUUAUGGCGAUGCAGUGCAUGUGCUCACAAUGUAUAAUAGUGUUUGGCGGAGAUGUGUCGAAUACGACAGCGGUGGGUGUUCUUAUAUGUACGGUACUGUAUACCGCAGGAAUGGGCAUAAGCAAACGAGCAAUAAGUAGCAAUACAAGCAGUAGUAAUGCAGUGGUGAGCAGGUUAGUGGCAAAUGCAGGAACAAUAGGCAAGUGUAUUGCAAUGGCAAGUGGGCUAGCAAUGAUUAUGAUAGUCAAGCACAGCAUACAUACAGACAUGAGAUCACAAUAA